AUGGCGUCCUCAUGGGCUCAUACGGGCAUCGCGCCCCUCCUGGAGCGCAUGAAGUCCCAAGACUCGGACUUCCGUUACAUGGCCCUCAAUGAUCUCAUCUCAGAGCUCUCGAAGGACAGCUAUGCUCAGAUGGACGACAGCACCGAAAACAACACCCUCCGUCAGGUGCUCGCCCUUAUGAAGGAUUCCAACACGGAAGUCAAGAACAUGGCCGUGCGCUCCCUCGCUAUUCUGGUGCCGCGGUCGCGCGAGAAGAACAUGCAGCAUGUCAUUGACACCCUCAUCGAAUACAUCUCGUCCAACAAUGACGAGCUCAGAGACAUCGCUGCGCUCGCACUCAAGACCGUCACCGCACAGAUGCCCACCCGCUCUUCGUACGCCAGCACUGCACUCAACAAGCUGGCACCAAAACUGCUGAAUCACAUCGCAGACGCGGCUGCGUCACAAGAACUCCUCAUCGAUUCGCUCGACAUCCUUGCAGAGCUCAUCAACAAGUUUGCUGCCACUGUCACCACCACCGUUCAGCUCCAGAACUCGCUGCUCAAAAAUGUCGUACCUGCCAUGCGUCAUCCCCGCCCAGCCGUUCGCAAGCGUUCGUUGACGGUGCUGGGUGCCUUGGGCUCGUGUGCUACCUCGGAUGUCUUUACCCAGCUCUCCGUCCAGCUCAGCUCCGACCUUGCGCCCAAGAGCGCCGUCGAGACUCGAAAAACUGCUGCCCAGCUCAUCGGGAUCUUUGCGCGCACCUGUCCACGAAGACUCGGUCGUCGCCUGCCGGAAUUCAUGCCGGCUGUCAUUCAGACUGCCAAACAUGACAACGAUGAGCUGCGAGAGACGUGCCUUCAAUCGAUCGAGCUCAUCCUCCUCCGCUGUCCAGCUGAGGUUACACCGUUCGUCAAUGCGUCUAUCGACCUUGCCAUCACACUCAUCAAGCACGACCCUAACUAUGCAGGCUUUGACGACGAUGAGGAGAUGCGCGACGCCGAUGACGACUUUGGCGAAGACGACGAAGACGAUGAUCUGAUCGACGACGAUUACUCGGACGACGAUGACAUGUCGUGGAAGGUGCGAAGAGCGUCUGCCAAAGUGCUCAACGCUGCAUUGACGAGUCGACCGGAGCUGUUGUCCCAGAACGUCAGCUCGGUAGCGCCUGUUCUAGUCGCUCGCUUCUCUGAGCGCGAAGAGAGCGUCCGCCUCGAGGUUCUUGACACCUUCCUCGCCUUGCUCAAGCAGAUGCAGCUGUACGCCGGCGGUCCGCAAGCCACCGAAGUCAUCGGCUCCAGUUCGGCGUCCUCCGCGAGUCAAGCUGCUGCCAUCGCUGCUGCAGGUGUACUCAAGCGCAAGCGUAACGAGAUGGAUGCCGACGAUACCGAAGACUCGCCACGCGGUCAGCUGUCCUCGCUGGUUCCGGCCAUCGCCAAAGCGCUCGAACGCGAGAUCGUGUCCAAGUCGAUCCCCACACGCCACAAGAGCUUUGUCGUUCUGCGAGAACUGGUCAUGGUGCUUCAUGGCGGUCUAGAGGCCCACAUCGGCUCGAUCCUCGCAAGCACGGAGAAGGCCUUGAAGGGCGCAGAAUCGGCUUCCUCUGGUGGAUCCAAUCUCAAGGCUGACGUCCUUGGAUUCUUCCGUGUCCUCUUCCUCACCCACGCUCCAAAGAGCUUCGACGACCAGCUGCCCACGCUUGUGCCCAUCUUGGCAGCAUCCAUCGAGGACAAGCUACACCGCAGCUGCAUUGAAGCGUUCCUCACCUGUUCGCAACUCGUGUCGGUGCUUCGACCUCUCAGUGCGACUGCUGCGAGUCCGACCACCGCUCGUCCCGGCCAAUACAAGCCGUACCUGCUGCAGAUCUACUCUGCCGCUGUUUCUCGACUCAAUCGGCUCGAUUCCGAUCAGGAGAUCAAGGAACGUGGUAUCGCUUGUCUUGGUGUCUUGCUUGCGCACGCCGGCGACGAUCUCGCCGAGAAGCACGACGAGUGCUUUGAACUGCUCACGGCUCGUCUCACCAACGAGGUGACGCGCUUCGUCACCGUCAAAGUCAUCGCUCAGAUCGCCGCUUCGCCAGUCUGCUCGGGGCCUGCAUUUGACGCCUUCCUGCAGAGCGCAAUUGCCGAAGUCGCGACACUGCUCCGCAAGUCGAACCGCCAGCUUCGCCUCGCAGCCUUCGACUGUCUUGCGGCUGCCCUCUCUCGCUCUUCGACCAAGCUGAACACGGCUUCGUCCAACUCGAUCCUGGCCGAGGUACAGCCGCUCGUCAACGCCGAUAUGGACAUGAAACUCCUCCCGCACAUCUUGCGCAGUGUCAACUUGAUCCUGCUCAACGACCCAGCGACACGCGAGUCGGUUCGCGUCUCAGUACUUCCGCAGAUCCACUCUGUGCUCAGGCUGCCGAUUGCACAAGGACCUGCGAUGGAGUCGCUGCUCGAGUUUUUGCGACUCUACGUCAGCGCUCAGCCAGAAUCUGCACCCGAGACAGUUGAAGAGCUGCUAGCCGCGCUCGAGUCCGCCAAGGGCAGCGUCAGCGGCACUCACCUGUACUCGACCGUCUCGCGCUGCAUCGGAGCAGUGUGCACCGUCUCGGAAGCAGCCAGCGGCAAUGUGGCCGCCAAGGCGACAGCGACGCUGCAGAACGAUGGCGGCAAGGAUACGGAGGUCUACUUUGCGCUGCUCUUGCUCGGCGAGCUUGGGCGCUUCAACGACUUUUCGUCGCGUGCCGGUCUCCUCGACCGAGUUCUGCGCUUCUACGUCGCCGACUCGGAGGAGGUCAAGAUGGCUGCUGCCUUCGCGGUGGGCAACAUGACCGUCGGCGCGCUUCCAGUGUUCCUGCCGGCGAUCCAAGAACGCAUCAGCGCUCCCUCGGACGACAAGACUUCCAGUCUGCGCUUCCUGUCAUUGCACGCGCUCAAGGAGCUCAUCACGCACGGGUCCGCCGAGCAGCUCAGCGUCGUUGCUGAGCAAGUGUGGCCGGUAUUGUUCGACGCAUGCGAAACGAAAGAGGAAGGUGUACGUUCGAUUGGUGCCGAGUGUCUGGCGCGUCUGACCCUCAGCGAGCCGACAAAGUUCCUUCCGCUCCUGCAGGAGCGCCUGCGCUCACCAUCGAUGUCCGUUCGCGCCACUGUGUUGGCCGCGAUCCGCUUCACCCUCUCCACCGAGUCUUCCGCAGCAUACGACGAGCUGCUCGCCCCCGUCCUGGUCGACUUCCUCACCCUCCUCUCGGACCCCGAACUCGAGGUGCGUCGAAAUGCCACCUUCGCACUCAACUCUGCGGCGCACAACAAACCCUAUCUCAUCCGGGACCAUCUUCCAACACUCCUCCCGCUGCUCUACUCCGAGACGCACGUCCGCGCCGAGCUGCUCCGCAAAGUGGCCAUGGGCCCAUUCCAGAUCGUCACGGACGACGGGCUCGAUUUGCGCAAGAACGCCUACGAAACGAUGUAUCAGCUGCUAGACAGCCUAUGGUCGCGUCUACACCUGCCCGAGUACCUAGACCGCGUGAUCGCCGGCCUAUCGGAUGCCGAUGACGGCAUAAAGACGCUAUGCUAUCUGAUGGUGAUCAAGCUUGUCGAGCUGCGAUCGUCGGCGGUGCGGGCGGUGCUGGCUGGGCGGUUGGAGGAGCUCGCCGAGCCAGUGGGCGCUACGUUGAGGAGCAAGUUGAAGGAGACCGCGACCAAACAGGAGAUUGAGAAGCAGGUGGAGCUGCAGCGGUUUAUCUAUAAGAUGUUGGUGGUCGUCACGAGGGAUUUGGAAGGGGUGGGGACGGGGACGCCCAAGUUUGCGGCGGUUGUGCAGGAGGCCAAGACGGGCGCUGGGGGUGCGACGACGAGCAAUGGUAGUGGCACGGCGCAGGGUGCUCAGCCAGGGGCGCUGUGGAGAGAGGUCGAGGCGAGUUUGGGGGCGUCUUCGUGA